CUGGCUUCUGCUUCAUCUGUACCUACAUCAACAAAAGAAACAACCAAUUAUGCCAGGCUAUGUCGUGUUCUUGUCGAUUUGAGAACUUGUGCUCUCAGGGAUUGCUUUGAUGCCAUCUUCAUACCACCAACUCUUCACAAGGUCUUGGCAGCUACUCAACCCACAUUGCAGUCUCUUAGAUCACGAAGAAUCAUCAAUGUCACACAAUGGGGAAAUCUCUUUCCUUCAAACCCUGCUUCAGUGUCCUCAACAGAUUUCGACAUCACCUUACUCAUGAUUCUUUUUAGAAACAUAUGUGGUAUGGCUCCACUAAUCACUGGAUGGGACUCCCUGCCUGUGGCCACGGACGUCAGCCGUGAAGCAGACAUUGCACGAAUCAAAUACUUCAGAAAUAGCAUUUAUGCUCGUGCCGAUCACGCUUCUAUCGAUGAUGCAACUUUCAACAAAUACUGGAAGGAAAUUCGAGACACUCUAGUACGAAUAGGAGGAGUUAAAUACAAGGUGAGAGAUGAAAAAUGUUUUGGGCGUUUUGUUUGAACACUAACUAGGUUUGAUAUGUUACUUCCCUGCAUUCACAGUGUAAUGAAAGUUAAAACACUACUCAGACUAGUCACACCAGUGCAGUGAUUCAUAUGUUGCCCGUUCUAUUUGAAGGACUCUGUUGACUUUUUCGAAGUUUGCUGUAUGGAUCCCGAUAUGCAGCAACAUUACAAAGAACUCCUUCAUCAGUGGAAAAGUGAUGAAGAUAACAUAACAGAUGAGUUGAAACAAAUUGUCACCAAUAUGAAAGAAUUUGGUACAGCCAUUAAAGAAGUGAGCAGCGACGUUAAAGAAAUUGGUAUCGACGUAAAAAUCCUCACAAAAAAGCUUGAUGACUUGAUGGCAUCAACCGUGAUUUCUGCCAGUGAAACAAAUGAUGAAGGUGAGUAUAUAAAGACUUUUAAC